UUCAACAAAACACCAGCGCCCUCUGCAGCUCGCGCGUUUACGGCACAGGAAGCUGUGUGACGUAACUAAAAUCUCAAAGAUGGCGGCGUUAGCUGCACCCCGUCUGGCUAUGUUUGGCUGCUUCUCAACCAGGCCUUUAUCAGCGUUUGCUGUCCAGCAGAAGAGUUUGCAUUGCGCAGCAAAAAUAGAGAAUACCACAAGUGUGGUUCCAGUAAGAGAGAAGAGCACAGCGGUGGCAGCAGCCAAACCAGCAGCUGUAGCCAGCAGCAAGGGGGAGUAUGUUAUCACUAAGCUUGAUGACUUAGUGAACUGGGCACGCAGGAGCUCUCUGUGGCCUAUGACCUUUGGCCUGGCAUGCUGUGCGGUGGAGAUGAUGCACAUGGCGGCCCCUCGUUACGACAUGGACCGUUUCGGAGUGGUGUUCAGAGCAAGUCCCCGACAGUCUGAUGUCAUGAUUGUGGCAGGAACGCUGACCAAUAAGAUGGCUCCGGCUCUCCGCAAGGUGUACGACCAGAUGCCUGAGCCCAGAUACGUCAUCUCUAUGGGCAGUUGUGCCAAUGGAGGUGGCUACUAUCACUACUCCUACGCCGUUGUCAGGGGCUGCGACAGAAUCGUACCAGUGGACAUUUAUGUUCCAGGUUGUCCCCCCACCGCAGAGGCUCUCCUGUACGGGACUCUGCAGCUUCAGAAGAAAAUCAAGCGUGAGAAGAAGAUGAGGAUCUGGUAUAGGAAGUGAAUGUGUAUAUGUGUAUCUGCUAUGUAAAUCUUGUAUUUCUGGUUUUAUUUGGAGCACUGCUCCUCCUCAAUAUAGAGCUUCAGUAACCAACUUCAAUAAAAUCAUUGUUGUCAU